AUGGAAAUGGUGAAAGAAGUUCCUAAAAGCCUGAUUUGAGCCUCUGGCAGAAUGGAAACAGAAGAAGCAGCUCCUCUGCCUGGAACUGCCUGGAAUGGAUAUUUAAGCAAUUUUAGUCAUGGGAUCACAGYGGGCAGUCACUGGUCAAACACRACCUCAAGGGUGACAGCAACAUCCACAGACACAUGGCUGGAUGCURCCAAUUCAAGUGAGUACCCGUACGAAUACCUGGAUGAGGAGGAUUAUGGGCACUUUGGCCUCUGYACCAAAGAGGAGGUGCUCUCCUUCAGCAGGGUGUUCCUGCCAUCAUUUUACACUGUGAUUUUCCUGGUCGGCAUGGCUGGGAAUGGCCUCCUAUUUACUGUCCUCCUCAUGUACAUCAAGAAAAAAAAGAAGAUGACUGAGCUGUAUCUGCUGAACCUGGUGGUUUCUGACUUCUUCCUGCUACUGACCCUUCCUUUCUGGGCUCUGUACAUUUCUCAGUGGGUCACCUGGGACAUCUUGUGCCCGGUCCUAAAUGCCAUGUACACUCUGAACUUCUACAGUGGCAUCUUCUUUGUGAGCUGCAUGAGCCUGGACAUGUAUCUGCAGAUCGUUCAUGCUUGUUCUCCUCACAGCUCCACGGUAUGGAGRAAUACCAUCCUUGUCUUGUUGGUGAUGUGGAUCCUUUCCAUAGCUCUCUCCAUUCCUGAUGGCCUCUUCACCCACACAAGGCAAAUCCACAACAAAACCAUCAUGUGCAMUCAGGAUUAUGGCCAGGAACACUUAUUUUGGAAAGUUGUCUUUCGGGUGAUUCAAAACAUCCUGGGAUUCCUUUUCCCUUUCCUCUUCAUGACUUUCUGCUACUCCCGCAUCGCCUGUGUUCUCAGCACAUCACAGAUACCUGGCUCCAGCAGAGCUCUCUSCUUAGUCCUUACCCUGGUGGGGGUCUUCUUUGUCCUGUGGUGCCCUUACAAYGUUGUCCUCAUCCUCCACUCCCUGCAGGAUGCUGGUGUGAUCAGGAGCUGUGAAAGCAGUAGGAAACUGGACUAUGCCCUGCAGAUCACAGAGAGCUUAUCCUUUGUGCACUGYUGUCUCAACCCCUUGCUCUAUGCUUUUGUGAAGAAACGAUUCAGGGCGUAUUUGUGGAAGAUCCCUCAGACCAUUUUCAGRAGAGGCACCUUCUUUUCCAUCCAGGACUCCCAGACAAGCCCAUCUUGCAGCAGAUACGCAGCUGAGAUAGAAAUGUGGAGCAUCACAAAUGCAWCAUAAAUAUUUACAUUGUUUACAUUAUGUGUGUGCCCUCUAUGCUCUAUUUUACUGGUCCYGCCCAUGAUGGAGUUGGCAUGAGCCCAUGGAAUUGUGUAAGCAGAUAGUUCAUCCUAGCAACAGCCUCGGGAUGAGGACUUUCCAUACUGGGAUUGAAAAAUACAUGUGGGACUUGUUUCUGUUGCAAGUGGAAUUAUUACGAAAGGAUUGUCCUGGAUUCUGGAGUAUGUGAGGCAUUGACAAAUAAAGGAGCAGGUUAUCUUGAUGCUGUGCCUUAAAAAAUGCAAACUGAAACUUGAGAAAAAAUUCUCAUCCUCCCUGGUGUGGGCGGGUGAAUGGAUUUCCAUGCUCAUCCAAGAGGCCUGGAGCACAGCCAUGGGGUGGCUUUGCUUCUCCUGGCUCUUACCCUCUGCCAGGUAGGUGAGAAGAGCCAGGUGAUUUAACUCAUAAAUUAUCUAUUUUCUUGUUUUUAUCCUGGGAUAAUCUCGUUUUCUACCAGGAGAGACAACAGGAAGGACUGGGCACCUUUAAGCUGAGCUGUUCUCUGUUAUGRAGAGCUGUGCCACACUCAGGUCUGCUGAACAGGGACCUGUGACUUUCCAAGGGACAGAGACAUUAGAGAUCAGUUUGAUCAUCAACUGAUUUGAGACCACUUUGGUCAGAACAAAGUUCAAACCAGUGGGAAAGGGRAAAAAAGUGGGCUCAGCAGAACAGUGGUGGAGGUAUUUGCCUUCCAAAUAUCCAGCUUCAKGAGACAAAAAACAUUCCCGGAUAACAUCUGUAACAUAAAUAUUGGCUUUGCAACACCACAGAGUAAGAGCUUGGCCUGARCAGAAGAGCACAGAGAGCUGUUGACCAAUUCUUAUUACCCAGUGCAGCUUUGAAGUCAAGUUUGCUGACUUUUAUUUAAAGGUAUUACUCACCCCAAAUGCUCCUGAACUUUAAAUGCUCCCUUUCCAUCCUGAAAAACCUAUUAAGCCUGGGAGUUGCCUAGAAUUGUACAAAUAAASUUACUAAUUUAAGAGAAAGCACUCAUCACCUUAAUUUUAUUGCUACAUAAGGUUACAGGACUAAGAAGGCUUUGAGAUGAUCUAGAAAGAUGGAUUUCUUUUUAGUGCUGUUAUUUUUCUUCUCAUCAUUGCUACAGCAUGUUUCCAAAAUGGUAAGGUUCGGAGCUUUCCUUAAAAAAACAAAGCCAAAAUAAAUAUUUAGCUGAUGCUAUGAUGUGGCCUUCACUCCAUGGGUCAGGUCACUGGAGAGAACGUGGAAAGAGACAGCAGGAAAGCAAAAAAGCUGGGAAGCAAAAAAGAAGAUGAAGAUUGUGAUCCCAGCCAGAGGAAGACUCUUGGGACUGUGGAAAACUUUUGAUGAGAUGCUCAGGAGAAGGACAAAGGUGGAGGAAAUAGAGGGGGAUUAAUGUCACUCUUUAUCCUGUGUGCCUGGAGAGGUCCAGGCACCAGCAGCUGGAACAGGCUGUGGUGACAGUCUGGGUAGAUCAGGGUGGCAGCACCCAGAGGAGCAGUCCCAGGUGGGACACAAGGUCUCUGGCAUUGUCCCCAAACCCCAUCUGGAGAGAGGGGAGCUGGGGAGAUUGACAAGCAGAAGGGACAGUGGAUGAAGCAGGUCUGUAGUCCCUGUGGGCACUGCUCUCCAGCUGGGGACUGGGAGGGAUAUUUGAAGGCUCUGGACUCAUUUGGUGCCAAGUGAAGGCAGUGACUCGAGCUCUCCUUAUGGGGAAGCUCAGCUGCUUUGCUUUGCACUCAGAGCAGGUGCACUUACACUUGUCCAGGUAAAGCAUUCCUGGAUAGUGGGUAUUGUGGAGAACACCCAAAUGUCAGAGCCCUUUCCUUCUCUUGGUUUUUGAGACCAGAUUGGCUCAGCUGUGACCCCCUUCCCUUGGUCCUGUGCUCAUUUCUGUAACAUUUCCCACAUUCACUCUGUUUCAUUUUUUCAGCUUGCAUCCAUAGCUUGGUCCUAAAGGCAGAAAUCACAGAGUGGAAUUCUCUGAACAUUUUCCUUACAAAAAAUGGGCUUCUCAAAUGCAUGCACACUAGAGAAGGGAAUUUGUCUCAUACCAAAACCCACUCCSCUAACACAAUAUGGGUACUCCAAUGAGAUUACAACAUACCUGCCACCUUAAAAAUCUCUGUUCACCCAGUGACAAGUUUACACCUGAGCGCAUUGCAGGGUAAGGC